UAUUGAACGUAACCGACGUAACAUAUUGGCUUUAUCAGUAAAGCUGCACAAACAAACGGGCAAAGAGGCGUGUUGAACUCUAGGUAUCUGACUUCUGGGGCGAUUUAUUUUCCAAAUGCGGCGCCGAUUUAAUAAAAGGUGCGGAGGGAAACGGUUUAUUAUGUGACUAAGAGAAGCAGCUUGGCUUGUAGUGGUAGCUUAAGCUAGGAGGUAGCUAGAAUGCUAAUGUCCACCCCGGGCUAAUAGCAGGAACCGCUGUUAGCUAACGGAAACGGUAUGUCCGCUGACCCAGCGGCUGUCAGCUGGAGUAGAAGCUGCCGCUUCUUUUGCCUUAUUUCCUACGCAUACAAGUUGUGACUGGCCAAAUAGCCUAUUAGAUUUCUGGUUUAAUUAGUUGGAGAAACUGAAAACUAAUUUUCUACGCCGUUCUUUUACUGCGUGGAAUAAUAAAAUUAUUCCAGAAUGGGAAUGUGCUUACCGUGCCUUGGUGGAGCAGCUGACGACGUUGUUGUCACCCCGGAUCCUGAGACAAGGAGACAACAAUUGGCUGAAGCCGCUGAGAAGAGACAAAAAGAGACGGCAUACAGGGGUGUCAAAAAUCCAGAAGCAGUUGAAAGGAAAAGAAAGAAACAGGAAGAAACUGAGAAGCAGGCGAUGACCACGUCUGUGUCUGGCGGCGGUGGACUGAAGUGGCAGGUCGGAUGAAGUUCCUGAUGGAGAAGUUGGACUUAAAAUGUCCAAAUCAACAUGAAGUCUGUCUGCUGGAUUACUUGAAAAAGUUGGAACUGCUGCCCGGUUGAACCUUUUCUUUUUCUUUUUUUUUUUUUGCUUGAUUUUAUGUUCCAAACAUUUGUCAUCACAUCAGGCACAAAACUAAACCGUAUUUGCCAAGUUAUAAACAACAGGUUGAGGAUGACGCACUACUGUUCAAACCUCCGAUUAAACAUGAUUAUAUUAGUAAUAUAACGAUGUGUGCGAUUAAACAGGGCUCAUCAUUCGAAGAAUGUCUUUUAAAGAAAAUGAGUCAUCAGUUUUAGAGAUCGUAGUCGUUUAUUUUUUGUAAUUUUCUUCUGUAAUUAAGAUGUUUUUUCCUCUCGGUACUGAAGCGGGUUUAGUUCAGAGCUUCUUGGUAACAUAGUAACUUACACAAACGUGACGGUUUAAAAGCUGAACUAUGCUUGGUGACUUAGGCAUGUUGAUGACCUUUGCAGUGGACAGGCCUCUGGCAAACAUCACCUUUCUUUUAAGGAACACAAUGAAUGACAUGUUGGACUUUUUAAAUUCAUUUUUUGUACUGGAUUGUUUAAGGUGCAGGGGAGCAAACAUGAUUUCAGCUCUGCUCUGCCGAUAACAUGAUUUAGUUGCCACUUUGGUUAUUCUGCUGAGCUCACCAUCAGCCACUGUCUGAUUAUAUGCAUCAAUGGCAAACAGGCCGAAAUAUUUUCCAGACCAGGAUCGCCCUCUUCACCCUUGCGCAUGUGACCUUCGGCACUUUAUAAAUCAGUUAUAAUCCUGCUCUAUUGCACUGGUUGAGUUUCUUCAUUUGAAUUUAACUGUAAAGCACUAAUAUGAUUUGGUUUGAUUUAAAAACUAGUGUUACCGUUUGUGUGAAUAUGCCACAACUCACAAUUGAUUAGUAAUUUCUCUCUA